CGAUGAUGAUGAUGAUGCCGACGUCGACUCCGGCAACGAUGAUGAUGCCGACGUCGACUCCGGCAACGAUGAUGAUGCCGACGGCGAUGCCGCCGCCGACCCCGGCAACGAUAAUGACGACGCCGACGUCGACUCCGACGGCGAUGCCGCCGCCGACCCCGGCAUCGACGGCGAUGCCGACGACGACUCCGGUACCGGGAAAAAAUGUGAAAAAGCGCAUAAAUGAGGCCAUACGACGGGCCGUAAAUAAAGAGCGGCGAAAAUUCAACCGAAGACCCGGACCUGCACAAAAAUAUAUGCCCGAGCCACCCAGAGGUUAUUAUAUUCCUGCACCAGGAUAUAUAACCGGCGCAGGAGGAUACGCUCCCGCGCCAGGAUAUGUGCCCGGUGCCGCAGGAUACAUGCCGGCACCGGGAUAUGUGCUUGGCGCAGUAGGGUACGCUCCCGCGUCAGGUUAUGUGCCUGGUGCUGCAGGGUACGUACCUGCACCGGGAUAUAUGCCCGGGCCUGCAGGAUACGUACCUGCACCGGGAUAUACGCCCGGGAUAUACUAUAAGUAGGGUAAAGGUACCGAUCUCAUAAUUAAAACGUAAUUAUCAAUUACACAUCAAACUAAUCAUCAUUUGAAAAACAAUGCCCUGAAUAUUUACUUUUGUUAGCAGUAUAAAGUUAUAAAUACAGAUAUAAAUAUAUAUGUAGUACACAUAU